CGUCGACCAAGAAGGACGUUUCCGUAGCAACAGGGGCCGGUCCGUCACCCGCAGCAGCCGUCGUACCGCGACGCUCAUCGGAACAAGUGGAGUGAUUGUCGUCGGUAACCCAGACCACCUCUGGCCUGUGGGCUCUAGAGACACGGGGGGCGACGCAGUAUCGAGGCGGCGAGCCCGCGGUUCCGUGUGGAGAUGCUAAACAUGUGGAAAGUCCGGGAGCUCGUGGACAAAGCCACCAAUGUGGUGAUGAACUACUCAGAAAUUGAGUCGAAAGUCAGAGAAGCCACAAAUGAUGACCCCUGGGGACCUUCUGGACAACUAAUGGGAGAGAUAGCCAAAUCCACAUUUAUGUAUGAACAGUUUCCAGAAGUGAUGAACAUGUUGUGGACCAGGAUGCUAAAGGACAACAAGAAGAACUGGAGACGAGUCUAUAAGGCCUUAUUGCUGCUGGCCUAUCUGAUCAGAAAUGGCUCUGAGAGAGUUGUAACAAGUGCCAGAGAACACAUUUAUGACCUGAGGUCUUUAGAAAACUACAAUUUCAUAGAUGAGAACGGAAAGGAUCAGGGGAUCAAUGUCCGUCAGAAAGUAAAAGAGAUGGUGGAGUUUAUCCAGGACGAUGACAGACUCCGAGAGGAGAGGAAGAAAGCCAAGAAGAACAAGGAUAAAUAUAUUGGUGUCUCUUCUGACACUAUGGGAGGAGGAGGAGGAGGAGGCAGCUUCAAGAACUCGAAUGAACUGGAUCGAAGUAAAUGGGAUGAGGAGUGGGACAAAAGCAGAGGAACGUUUCCCUUCAGUGAGAAGCUGGGAGAGAUCAGCGAUAAGAUCGGCAGCACCAUCGAUGACACUCUGAAUAAGUUCAGGAAGAAGGAACGAGACGACUCUCCAGAUAGAAACAGUGACAACGAGGAAGACAGAGCAUCAAGAAAUGGAAAGCAAGAAACGCACGAGUUUAAAGAUGAAGAAGAAACCGUCACAACAAAGAGCAUCCAGAUCACACAAGCAACAGAAACCACCACCACCACCACACGGAAGCGCAGUGGAGCAGCAAGCAGCAAGACUCUGGACCUGGGGGCUGCAGCGCAUUACACAGGAGACAAGAGUCCAGAGGAAAAGUCGUCUGCCCGACGGUCUUCAAGCAGUGGAAUAGCUGACCUGCUGGAGAUUGACCCUUCAAAUCAGAGCGCUACACUAGGAGAUAGUUCAGACCUAAUUGGUGGCUUUGCAGACUUUUCCUCACCUGCAGCUUCUGCCAGCCUCCCAACCUCAAAAGCUGCUACAUCAUCCAAUGGAAACGGAGAGUUUGGGGACUGGAGUGCCUUUUCUGGAAACCCCCCAGAUCCUUCCAGCUCCGGUCCUUCCCCGGCCGUCACUGACCUGUUCGGUAGCUCCCAGUCAGCCCCGGCCCCAGCUGCUAAGCCCAGCCCUGUCCCUCCAUCGGCCGAGCUCUUUGACCUUAUGGGUGGAAUUAACCACCAACUAACCAACCCACACACAACCCUCAGUGCCUCUCAGAGCAUGACUUUCUCUCUGGGAGCGGUGGCACCGGGAACAUCUGUUACUAUGCCCAGCAUGCCUCUUUCUCGAUCACAGCAGAAUUUAGGAGGUAUGACAUCCCAUCAGCCAAUGGGACAACAGCAGAAGGUUGGGGUCGGAGGUCAGGGAUCACUAGGGUCAACGUGGUCCGACCCUUCUGUCAACAUUAGCCUGGAUUUUCUAUCGGCAGGCCUCAACCCAUCUAAAGCUCCGCCCACUCUCAACAAUAUCAUCCAGCAACAAGGAGUGCCUCCUAUCAACUUGUUGGCCCAGAACUUUGGAGGACUGAACCUCAGCUCCCCACCCAACGUGACACCCAUAAGACCAUCCAAUGCCAUGUUGUCAGGUAACUCCAUGACCAUGGGAAUGCCGGCGUCCAUGGCGACGGGCAUGCCUGCUUCCCUGGCUGCAGGUAUGCCACCCUCAAUGGCCACAGGUUUACAGGGUGGAGUUCCCGUCAACCAAGCUCUGAUGGGAAUGAACAUGAGCAUGAAUAUGGGCAUGGCCGCCCCGGUUAUGAUGGGCGGCAUGGCAGGCAUGGGGGUGCCCGGAGUAGGAAUGGGCCUAAAUCACUCCAUCACCCCCGCCGUCGUCCAACCCAAGCAAGAUGCCUUCACUAACUUUGGCAAUUUUGGGAAAUGAAGAUUUGCAAAUGUGUGUGGAUAUCUUCUGUAUGUGUGGAGGGCAUGUUAGACAUCGUGAGAGAGUGAACUAUUAAAGGACUGCUGGACUUGAAGACAA